AUGAUUAACAACAUUGGCUUGACUAAACACAGGAGUAUUCAUACAGGGGAGAAGCCAUAUUCCUGUGAUAUCUGUUGUAAAUCAUUCUCCAAUGACAGUCACUUAACUCGACACAUACGUACUCAUACAGGAGAAAGACCUUAUCCCUGUAAUAUCUGUAGUAAAUCAUUUUCUGAUGACAGCAGCUUAACUAAACAUAAGCAUAUCCAUACAAGGGAGAAACCAUUUCCUUGUGAUAUCUGUGGUAAAUCUUUCCCUGAAAACAGUGGCUUAACCAAACACAAACGGAAGAAACCAUAUCAAUGUGAUUUAUGUGGUAAAUCUUUUACUGAAAAGAUUGGCUUAACUAAACACAAGCGUAUUCAUACAGGUGAGAAACCAUUUCAUUCUGAUAUCUCUGGUGAAUCAUUUUCUCAUAGCUUAGAUAUUCACAAACAAAUCCAUACAGGGGACAAAGAAUACCACUGUGAUAUCUGUGGCAAAUCAUUCAGUCAGGCAGUUUACUUAACCAGACACAAGCGUAUUCAUACAGAUAUUUGUGCUGAAUCAAUCUGUGAAAAUUAUCAAUUAUUAAAGCAUAACUGCAUUCAUACAGAAGACGAACUAUGA